AUGCGCGCGGGGUCUCCCCGCGGGGUCGCCGCCGCGGCGACGGCGCCCGCGCAUCCCGCGCGCGCGGACGAGCUCUCCGGCCGAGCCCUCCUCCUCCUGUUCCUCGCGUUCCUCGCCGCGGACGCGUGCCUCACGCCGGUGUUCCUGUCGUCCAGCGACGCCGCGCCGAGACGCGAUGACGCGCCGUCGUCGUCCGCGACCGCGUCCGCGACGUCGUUCCGCAGGGACGUCGCCGUGUUCGGGACCGCGCUGUUCACCGCGGCGACGACGCUCAGCGUCGUGAGCGCGCUGUGGGCGACGCAUCCGGCGCGGAGACGCCACUUCUGGUCCGCGACGUACGUCAACGCCGUCGCGGGGGUGGCGCACCUUCAGAUGAUGCGAGGCGGAGAGUGGUGGCUCGUCGGCGACGCGCGCACCCGCGGGGACCUUCCGAGCGGGUUGCGGCUCCUAUCGUGGUUCUUCAGCACGCCGGUGAUGAUCGUCCUCAUGCGACAGUUCCACGGACUCGCGAGGAAGCCCCCGCUAUCGUCGUUGACGACGGUCUCCAAGAGCGCCUUCAAGGGCGGUAAGAAGGGCGGUAACCGCGCCGCUGCCGACGGCGGCGGCGCGGCCAAGGCGAAGACGCGCGCGUCGUCGUCGUCGUACGCGCCGCCGCCGGCGAGUCACCUCGCGUGGGGCACCGUCUUCAUGCUCGCGUGCGGGUGCGGCGGGGUCAUCGCGCCGGGGAUGCCGCCGCCGAUCGCGCGCGUCCUCGUCGUCCUCGGCGGCGGCGCGUUCGCGUGGGUUUUGACGCAGAUGGUACGGAUUUUGCUCGGCGCCGCAGAGGGCAGCGCGUUCGACAGCGUCCGACGCGACCGCGGCCGGAUCCGCGUCCUCGUGUUUAUUAACGUCUGCGCGUGGUGCGUUUUCCCGCUCGUGUUUCUCGCGCGCCGCGCGGGACUCAUCGACGACGACGAGGCGCACUUGGGGUUCUCCGCGGGCGACGGCUGCGCGAAGUUUUCUCUCUCCGCGCUCUACCUCGUCGGCUGCGGCCGCAUCUUGGAUCUCGCGGAGGAGGACGUCCGACGACGCGUGCAAGAGGGCAUGGCGGAUCAGCUCGCGUUCUACCACUCCCUGUCGUUCGAGCUGAGACAGCCGCUCAGCGCGGUCAUCGGGUUCGGGCAGCUCGCGUUGGAGUACCCCGGACCCGAGAAGGUGCCGAGCGCGGUGCGGGAUUUUCAACGCGCCAUCUUAGCGUCCGCGGAGUCGAUGCGAUCGCUCGUCGUGCAAGCGAGCGAGUACAGCCGUCUGGAGGCGGAGAUUCGCAACCUCGGGAUACUGAAGCGCCCCGCGAUCGAUCGCGACGAGAACGCCGAGGGCGAUGGCGAGGUUAUGGGCUUCUCGCCGGCGACGUUGCUCGACGACGUGAUGACGUCGGCGACGACGGCGCUGACGCUCGGCGUCGAGGUCGUCGUCGAGACGAGACCGAAGACGUUGCUGAGAGCGGCGCCGUCGACCGCGAAGACGACGUUCGUCGGGAACGUCGACGCGCUCAGGGACUGCCUCGUGACGCUGACGCAGGGCGCGUGCGCGUGUCGGGAGAGUAAAGAGGGCGACUGCGGCGGCGCCGUGCGGUGCGUGAAACUUCUCAUGGAGCUCGGCGACGCGACGAGCGACGAGGACCACUUUCACGGCGCGACGUACUCGGAAGCGACGUUUACCGCGUUCGUGCCCGUGAACGGCGUCCCGAGCUCGAGCUCGAAGGGCCCAGGCGCGAGCGCGCCGUCGUCGUCGUCGCCGUCGUCGCCGUCGUCGUCGCGACGCGUCGUGAGCUGCCGGCACCUGGACGAAAUGGGCAUGGACGCGGCGAAGAACAAGAUGCUCGGCCUCUCCAUGACCGUCGCGCGCGCGGUCGUGGAGGCCAUGGGCGGCGACUUAUCCUACGCCCUGCACCCCGAGGACGCGAGCGAGCCCGACUGCUUCUCCAUCUCCGUGCCGCUCAGGCGCGUUCUAUACACUGGUCCCCAUACGACCGCGUCGGCACACUCGCCGCCGCCGGGGGACGACGACUCGUUCGACUUUGACCUGUUGCCCGCGUUGCCGCGUCCGCGCGGGUCGAAGACGAUCGCGAUGACGCACCCGUCGCUGUCGCGUCACUUCGCCGCGUACGUGAGCGACGUCGCGCGGGGCUCGGGCGUCGUCGUCGCGACCGCGAUCGAGGAGGCGGGGGGCGGGGUCGUCGCGCCGGACGACGAGUCGGACCCGGACCCCGGGGCGACGCUCGCGGCGGCGUGGCGUCGUCUGGGCGCGGACCCCGACGCGUUCCCGGUGCUCAUCGCGCCCGCGGACGCGUUCGGAGGCGGCGAGGGCGCCGGCGGCGGCGACGCCGGCGUCGGCGUCGCCGCGGCCGCGCGCGAGUUUCGCGACCUCGUGUGCGAGGGCGGGAGCAGAGCGUCCGGGGUGUUGGUGUGCGCGACGGCGGCGGCGACGGCGGACGCGAGGGCGGCGCUUCGCGAGCGAGACGCCGUCUCGGUCGUUCGCCGGCCGUGCACGACGCGCGAUCUGCACGCGGCGCUGCUCGCGUGCGUCAACGGCGCGCUCGCGAGAGCGCGCGUCGCGCGGCAGUCGUCCCUCGGUCAGAGCGGCGGCGGCGGCGGCGGCGGCGGCGGCGGAAGGAGAGAUUCCGUCGACGGCGGCGGUCGAAGAGCGUCGAUCGACAUCGAGGAGUUCGCGUCGCUCAGCACGUCGCGGUACAUGGGCGCGGGAUCCGGGAAGGAGGGGAGGUUGGAGAAAGGCGAGGUGCCCGCGACCGCGUCCGCGGCGUCCGCGUCGUCGCCGCUUCACAGCGACGACGAGUGGGCGACGCCGGUCGCGGCGGCGGAAAAGUCCAAGGAAAAGUCGCCGCCGCCGUCCAAGGAGAGCUCCGGGUCCUUCUCGGAGAUCCGACCUAAACCCGCGUCGAAGGCGACGAGCACCCUGAAGGACGACGAGCUCGACGGGUUAGACGUCCUCGUCGUGGAGGACAACCACUUUCAGCUGAGGAUAAUACGCGCGACGUUGCAGAACAGCGGCGUGUCGCUCGACGUCGCGUUGCACGGCGAGGAGGCGGUGGAUCGCGUCCGCGGGCGGAUCGACCGCGGGGAGAAGCUGUACGACUUGGUGCUGAUGGACUCGCAGAUGCCCAUCAUGGACGGCGCGACGGCGUCUCGAGAGAUUCGCGCGCUGGAGAAGGCGCAUCGGGAGGGUAAAAACGCCGCGGCCGCGGCCGUUUUAAAUCCAGAGACGAUGAUCAUCGUCGGUCUCAGCGCGGAGGCGGGGCACGAGUACGAACGCGAGGCGCGCGCGGCGGGGAUGGACGGCGCGCUCGGGAAGCCGUGCCGCCCGGAGACGAUGCGGAAGACGUUGAAGGAGGUACACGCGGGGCGGUGGAAGCGAGGGUCGUUCAACACCGCGGCGAAGCGCGCGGUGUCGCACUUCUAG